GAGGGAAGGGGGGCUGGCCACGAGGCAGGGCCAUCUGGGAGAGGAGCCAAAGGCUGAGCCCUAUCUCCUCCUCUCUCCUCCUCCUCCACCUCUACGGUCCGGCCUGGGCUCGGCCUGGGUGUGAGCACUGUGUGUCAGAGUGUGUGUGUAUGUGUGCCCAGUGGUGGCCCACUCCAGCCAUGGUCCCUCUGGUGUCGGGCCCCCGGGUGGCCCCUUCUCCAUCUCCAUCAACUCCAUCAUCUCCAUCAUCAUCUCCAUCAUCUCCACUGCUGCUGGUCCUGCUGCUGCUGCUCUGCCUGGGACCCAGUGGCUCAGAAGGAAAUACACUCAAGCUGAUGCUUCAAAAACGUGAAGCUUCUGCUCCGGCAAAGACGGAGGUGUCAGUGGGAGAGAGCCAAGCGAAGGAAUUCCUCAGCAGCCUGAAGCGCCAGAAACGCCAACUGUGGGACCGGACUCAGCCAGAUGUGCAGCAGUGGUACCAGCAAUUCCUCUACCUGGGCUUUGAUGAGGCGAAAUUUGAAGAUGAUGUCACCUACUGGACAAAUCGUGGAAGAGACAGCCAUGACUACUACGGUGGUUUCUACCAACGCCAUUACGACGAAGACGCGGCGAUCGGCCCUCAGAAUCCACACACCUUCCGACACGGAGCGAGCGUCAACUACGACGACUAUUGAACCUCGUUUGUAUUAGCAGGGGAAGCAGGCCAACCAUAUACCUUGAUUGAUGUGUUUUAUACCUUGCGCAAUCACAGGUCCGUACUGCCUUAAACCAAGAAGGACCUUUUAAUCGUUUAUAAAGUGUUAUUCUCUUUUGCAACCAUGAAUUUUAUACAAAUAAGUGGCAGAGGAUUCUCAAUAUCUUUGGGUAUGUCCCAUUACAGGUACACAUUGAA